AGUGAACGAGUACUAGGUAGGGGAUUUGGAUUUUUUUCAAAAAGUGAAAGAUGACUGUGUUUCAGUUUCUGUUUGCUUCUUCUUCAUUUAUUUGUGUCAAGUGACGACAAUGACGUUGAACUACAAACUGGAUUUCAGCAUUGGGUCCGUGACCUCUGCAGGAUCAUCUUCUACCCGUCAAGGUAAAAACCAAGAAGAUUCAGAUGUCCGUAUCGAGAAGGCUUCUCAAAUCUCUUUCAAACCUUUCGCCGCUCUGCCCACGGCAGCUCCCUUCCAGUUCUAUCCGGGCGAGCGUGGUGGCGACAGUUCGACGUCAGCAUACUACGCCUCGGGUUAUGGAUUCGACUUUGACAACUAUGGAGCUGCCCCGCCCCAGAUUCCGGACGAUUCCUCGUCAUCCAGUGACAGUUUUUAUGGUGGUGCGGAGACCGCCUUUAACUACUACGCCCGGCGGGCGGCCAACAGCGACACGGUCUUGCGCCCGCCCCCGAUUCCCAUGCCGAACCACCCCUCAAAGGCGAAUCCCUUCAUCGUGGGGAGCUCCGGGCGCAGCAGUGGCUUGGAGGACGAUUUCCUGUACGACGACUUCCACCUGAUGCAGCUGCAGAGGAAGGCGAAAACGUUGCAGAACGGUAUCGCGCAAGUGCUGUUGUGCCUGAAGACCAUUUCGGCGCUGCGGCCCAUGGUUCCGCGACUGGUGAAACAGGAGCUGUUGAGCAUCACGGGCGAACCGAAGAAGAAACCCACAGACAAGAACCCGGAGGGGUUCGGGGACCCACUGACAGACGCCUUUCUGGAGCGGAUGGAGCGCGACACGAAACGGGUCCUGGACGAGGACGACUUUUGCACCGCACUGAUGCGGCUGAAAGUGAUCGCGGAGGUCCAGAACCCGGACCUGUCGGGCGACGCGCCGGAGACCCGGGAGAUGACGGUGAUGCAGCGCCGCGAGCACGCGAAGGUGUUCUUGCAGUUCUGGCGGAUCGACCUGGCCGUGAUCUCGAUUCUGGAAGAGCGGUUCGUGAACCUGAAAGAUCUGCUGCGCGCCGAAACCCGGUACGCGGCCCGGUGCGCCGAGGAGAAGCGCGAGUUGCACAAACUGCGCGAGAACAACGGCCCGAACUUCUCGAACAACCCGAACACGCUCACACACGACGCGUUCCUGCACGGCGCCAUCUCCAGCGGCUCCCGCCGCCCGUUCUCCAUCGUCGGCCACUCGUUCAAGCUCGCGCACCGGAUAAGCCAGAAAACGGACCUGCUCCGCACGCUGCACGAGCUGCGGCAGCGCAAUCAGGAGCUGGCCCACACGUUCGUGGACAUCGAGAUGCGCACCCGUCAGGUCCGCCAGCGGUGCGCGCAGAUUCUGCAGGACCGGAGCGAACGGCAGCGCAGGUACCUAACGCGCGGCGACUACGACAAGUCGCAGAGCGAGUUGUCGGCGCUGACGAAGCAGCGGAAGUUGCUGCAGAUGUUGGUGGACCUGCAGGAGGAACUGCGGAACUGCCGCAACGAGUACUUCGAGCGGGAGCGCAACCUGCCGCAGAACGUGAAGAACCAGUCGGGGAUGAUGCGCAACGACGGCAUCGAGGACCGGCUCCUGCGGGCCGGCGGCUCUCCCGCGGACAGCUCGCAAGUGGUGGCGCUGGGCCAGCUGCUCCAGCGCCGCUUCAGCGACUACUACAACACGGUGAACGACCAGGACAACACCGGCAUCGACCUGAUCGAGCGGCAGCAUCUGACCAAGCAGUUGGAGGACGACCCCAUGGGGCGGCUGCUGAUCCGCCCGCUGCCCGACAAGAAAGACGAGCUGGAGAGGGAGCUGGAGGAGCUCGGGUACAUGAAGAAGCAAAUGGAGGACUACAUGUUGGGCAACCUGAAGACCGGCCCAGAGCUCAACGCGCUCAUGGACGCCCUCGACGACAAGAUUCAAGCCGUCAACGAGCGGCUCGGCUUCCUCGCCAAACCGAGCAAGGCGCGGCUCAACGAGGACAUGGUCUGGUCUCCCUACGGAUUCGGCCCGCGCGACUUCGUGGAUCUCGGAGUCACGAAAACACCUAAAGCGAAGGGGGGCGUGCUGCGCGAAAUCGAGGCCAUACAGUACGGGGAAUUUUUUCUUGAUCAUUUACAUUUUUAUUUCAUAGGAAGAGUCCUCGUUGGCCCGUCCUGUUCCUUAUUUGGUUUCUGUUGUUGUUGGCAGUAGUACCUUUUCGUGCAUGAUUAUGACGAUGGAACAAGAUCUUCAUCUUUAACAGUUACAUUGUCAUUGAAUAUUACCAGGGACGGCGCGCAUAUCAUGGAGAAGCGGCCGGAUGUGAAGGAGGCGAAGAAGAAUUUGCGCGGCGAGUUGUUGGAUGGAGACGAGGAACACUUUGACGCGGAUCGGGAUCCGUUGGGGCACCGCAUAUGAAAGUGCAUAACUCCCCCUCCCCCUCAUUUGUCAUGCAAAACCCCAGAUCCAAGUGCCUCCCUGUGGCACUGUUUGCAUGACAGAUUCCGGAAGCCCAAACAGUACUACACUAGGCGCAUGAACUUGUCAUGCACUUGCUCCAUGUGUGCUGGUGUUUGUAUUGCUGUUCAUGCUAACAAAUGAGGGGAAGGGGCAGGGGGAGUUGUGCACUGUCAUACCGCCUGCACCUUGGGAAGAAGCCCAUCCUGAACCGCAGCGGUAUCUCCUCCGCUGAGUCCGUUUCGGACAGCUCGUCCACCGGUUCGAGCGACGAGGCCCGCAGCGGGACGCAAGCCUCGGCGCGAAGUAGCGCGGCGUCUGCGUCCCGCGGCGGGAGCAGUGCUACGUCCGCCUCCGGCGUGUCCGGCGUGUCGUCCAGCAUGCGAUCCAGCGGCAGCAGCAUGGAGUCCUCCCGUGCGGGUGAAAGCAGCCGCGGCGACAGCAGCCGCCCAGACAGCAGCCGCCCAGACAGCAGCCGCGCUGCCAGCACCCGCGCUGCUAGCAGCCGAGCGACUGGCGCGAAGCAAACGCGAGGGCAGUCCGGAGCAUCGUCAAAUUCCUCGUCUUCGAGUUCGGGCGGACCGGCAUCCAGCAUGCUCUCGUCCGCAAAGUCGUCGGUCCGGAAGUCGACGCAAAAGGCCUCGGCGCGAAGUAGUGGGAGCUCCUCGGCCGCUUCGUCGGGGGUGCCGUCGUCGGCCAGCAGCAUCGACCAGUCGCAAGCGGCCUCGGCCGUGAGUCGGGGUAGCAGUAGGGUGGGUAGUGGAACGCGCGGUUCUACUUCGGCGCGGGGUAGCACCAGUCGGGGUGCCUCGUCGCGUCCCUCGACCACCCGGGCCUCCAAGGUGAAGUCUGCGAUGCGGUCCUCAGGUGCGUCGUCCGCUUCCGGCUCAUCGGGCGCCAAUUCCGGGGCCGCGGCGAGUUCCUUCUCCGGCGGUAACCGUAGCGAACAAAGUGGUGAAAGUGCUGGCAGCGGGAGUGGGAGCGGCAGUGGAAGUGGAAGUGGCAGCGGGAGUGGCACUGAGAGCAGUUAGAGUACUAGCGCGCUACUUCCUCCGUGUGCGUACGAUCUUCAGUACAAAAUGAAGGCAACAAGUGGCACUGAGGGUGCCAGUCAGUGUUAUCCUCAUCGAUUUGGGUAUGUUGUACAUACUACAGUACAGCUAGUCGUGCUCCCCCCGAUCCACUUCGUUAUGUACACAUAGGAGAAAGUAGAAUACUUAUCGCAGCUGUAGUGUCGACAUUGGCUACCUUGUCACAAUUUGUGAACCGAUCGUGCGAGGUCGGAGCUGAUUCGCCGCAACAUCUGCCGCCUUAUCAAAUCAACAAGUAUCAUUUCCAUCCGACGAAGUUCCAUUAACAAUCCCCUCUUAUUUGUAGCUCCAGCGGAUCCGCACGCCCUUCCUUUGAAGAUUUUAUGAAGAUCCAGACAGAGUAGAUGCUGAUAGUAAACCAAUCAGAUGGUUGCGCUCGGUACGUCGUCCGCGCAUGUAUCUGUGCCUUGAUGCGCAAGACGAUCACAAUUAAUUUCCGUCGCUGUACUACGCUUGUGGUCGGCAGACAGUACUUACAGAAAACAUGAUCAUUCCUGUCAAUGGCGUCUCCAAUCGAACAAUGAACUGAAGAUUGAUCAUCGUCAACAAGUCGUGC